AUGGAUUUUGGUUUCUCCCCCAGCCGAGAGGGUGGCACCAUGCACUUUCCGUCUCCUACUCACCCCCACAGCUAUCGCCUCGACGGUACCCACUUCUCCCACCUCCAGGAACUGCGCCGCUCCCUCUCCCGCUCGCCCUCCAAGCAAUCGCGCUUCCAGCUGCGCAACUCGGACACGCCCCGCUCUCCCAUCUCCCCGCUCGCCAUCGCGCGCGCAUUCUCGCCAAAGGCCUCCAACAAGCCCACAAGCCCCAUUGCAGCUUUUCCAGAAUCACCGCUAGCGCAGGCCGUUCCAGCAAAGAAGAAGUUUUCGCUGCGCCGCUCAGGACCCCUCCGCUCGUCUCCGCGCACUCGCAACAGCAAGUCCAAGAGCCCGCGACGACGCGCCUUGGCCGAGACGACGGACGGUAACGCGACUCCCUUUAUGACGUGGCCCACCAUUGGCCAGGAGAACACGCCCGUGCGACGCCUCAGCUCAGAAUCGCCAAGCAGCAUGGACAUGGACAAGCGCCUAGAAGUCGACGACAAGCCCAUCAAAUUCGAGUUUGCGCGCCGUUCAGAGCUGUCGCCACCAGCAGCAGCGCCCGCAAAGUCGAGCCCGCUGAAGCGCAAUGAUGGACUCAUGAACCUUAGCGGAUCGCCCGGAUCCAGCCCCAUUGCAAAGCGCCGCAGCCUUCACGCCGUCUCGAGUCUUGGAAACGACUUUGAGAGCAUCUUUGACCCAUCUCCCGCACAGCGAGCUUCUCCGGACGAUGCGCCCCGCCAGCGUGACGUGACCAACGAAUUCUCCUUCAACAGCUCACCUGUAUCGGGCGCGCAAUCGCCUAUCCACCGCACAACGUCACUGCGCAAGUCAACUCUAUCACAGCGGUCAAACACCCCGCGCAAGCCAAGCUACGAGGGCGAAUUCGCCUUCCCUGGCCCGGCUGCUUCCAAGACUCGCAAUCGCAUUUCUUUUGAUGGUUCAAUCAACAACUCAACACAAACACCCGCCCAACCAGCCCAAACACCAUUCCGAAAAUCCACCUUUGACGCUGGUCGCAUGGGCUUGCCCACACCUUUUGCCCGGGGUGGAGCAUCUUUCCCGCACCCCUUGUCACACGCACAUACACCGCACUCUGCUUCAUCAAGCAUCAGCGGAACACCAAUGGCUCCUCCCCGAGCCCCGGCCGUGCAGUGGACCAACUCCGUGUUUCCUGCACCUCCCCUGUCAAGCAACCCCCAUUUCUCUCGCUCCCUACCAAUCGGUAUAGGCCGGCCCUUUGAAACCGAGUACGAGCAAUCUGCACAUGAGCCGUUCGACACUCCAUUCAAAGUUGCACCGCCAGCGCCUGUCGCCUUCUCCACGGGCCUUUUGUCCAAGAAGAAUCGCAAUGCGGAUGAACCGGCGGCCGGCGUCUAUGUCAUGCCUGACACGCCUUCAAAGCGCCAGUCGUUCCCUCCCGCUGUGGGAGACAGGGCCGUCAACCUCGACACACCCCUCGUCAAGCGAUCGGGCAGCCUAUUCGGCAACGAUGCGCGACCCCAGCACCAGUUUGGCACUCCCAGCACGCCCUUUAGUGCCAAUGUGUCCAAAUUCUCCACAGAGUCGUUUGGUAAGCGACCAAGCAUCUUUGGUGACAUGGCCAGCAACACGCAGCGCCGCGGCAGCUUUGUCAGCAUUGAUGGAGACAAUGACGACGACACCCAACCAGAUAGCCAGUCGCCGACCGCGAACCGCAUGGGUGACAGCCAGUCCAGUGUGGACGACAUGCCACCAACACCAACCAAGCCCAGCAACAGCUCCAGCCGUCGCUCAAAGGAGAGCAGCUUGCGACGCAAGACGUUUCGCUCGCGCCCUUCGAUUGGCUCAGACACAUUUGCCGCUCCUGACAACGAUGGUCGACCAACAACAGCCGGAAGUCUGUUUGGUGGACAAUCGCCAUCAACCCCCGCAAACGACUCUGGCGCACCUCUAGAUGCAAGCAGAUUGUCAAUUUCCGGUAACCGUCGCGGGUCGUUCCCUUUCAACGCUAGCUUCGGCUCGUUCGCGCCCGCGACCCCUACCACACCUCGUGACUCUGGCUUCUUCGGCAGUGUAUCAGGGGCAAUCCCCAUUGGCCUGACCAAGAACGAUGUCGACGAGUCGCUGAGCGAGCGAUUCCACGAGAUCAAGCCUCUUGAUGGUGGAGAAGGCGAGUUCUCGACCGUGUACCGUGUCAGCCAUCCAGUCAAGCCUUCACCCCAAAGGUCGCCUGCUGGCAGCCAAGUUUGGGUAGUCAAGAAGUCAAAGAAGCCCUACAUUGGCCCAGGCGACCGCCAAAAGAAGAUGCGUGAGGUUGAGAUUCUUUAUGCUCUGCGCGGUAACGAACACGUGCUGGGCAUCAAGACGCACUGGGAGUUUGACCAGCACCUCUACAUCCAGACCGAGUACUGCGAGGGCGGUAACCUGAGGAAAUACCUCGACACUGUUGGCUUUAAUAGCCGUCUGGAUGACUUCCGCAUUUGGAAGAUCCUGCUUGAGUUGUUGAUGGGCCUCAAAGCCAUUCACGAAGCAGGAUACAUUCACCUUGAUCUCAAGCCCGCCAAUGUUCUUAUUGACUUUGAGGGUGGGCUGAAGAUUGCCGACUUUGGCUUGGCGAGCCAGUGGCCAGCUCCUGCUGGCAUUGAUGGCGAAGGUGACCGCCACUACCUUGCUCCUGAGCAACUCUCUGGUCGAUUCGACAAGCCUGCAGACGUCUUUGCCCUGGGCAUGAUGCUCGCCGAAAUCGCUGGUAACUGCGUUAUCCCCGAAAACGGUGACUACUGGCAAAAGCUUCGCUCAGGCGAGUUCGAAAACGUGCUCCCAAGCUUGACUUGGAGCGCGGACAGCAGCACCCUCAGCCGAGACUCUCACGGCGACCCAAUCUCUGAGUCGGCGAGACCCUCCAUGGAUGGCUUCCUCAUGUCUGACGCUGCUGAGGAUUCAAUGGCUUGCAUUUCCGUCAAGCCAGCAUCCAACCCGGAGGAGGACCUCGCACGCGCACCAUCCUUCAUGGUACAACGCAACGACCCCAACUCCAUGGACCAUGUUGUAUACGCAAUGCUGAACCGCGACCCUGAUCAACGACCAACGGCAGACCAAGUGCUCCAGUGCUAUGGCUGCCGAUGGGUUGACUCUAGGCGUCGCUCUGGUGCCACCAUCUACGAGGGCAACUUUGGCCCAAGUGAUGAGGUUCUUGCUACAUACACUGGCCAACAUUACGGUGAUGCCGAUAUGAUGGACAUGAGCUAA